AUGGAAAAUCAAAUUUUUUUAAGAGAAUUUUUACAAGACAAACAAGAUGAUAAUCAGAUAGCGAAAAUUCUUCUUUUACAACGUCUUAUUCGUUCACAUUAUGUUCGUCGACAAUUUCAACAAGUUCGAAAUGAAUAUUUGAAAACAAUAAGUGAUAUCGAAGGUGAAAUUUCAAUAAAACCAAUUGAAAUUAUUCCAACAAAACAAGAACCAGUAAAACAAACAAUUGUUAGUCUUCCAACAAAAGAUGAAUUAUUAAAAAAACGUGAAGAAAUAGCAAUUGAACUUCUUUGGAUUGAACAAGCUAUUCAAAGUCGAAAAGAUUAUUUACGUUUAAAAUCUCUUUAUACAACUUCUGUUUCUUAG